AUGAUACAAGGACAACUUCGAAUUGACAAAUUUGUAUUGUUAAUGAAAAGUAUACAAGGUCAGUCUUCAAGUAUAAAAAAAUGUUAUAAAGACUCAGAAGCCAGUGUCAAAGCUAGUUAUACCAUAGCACAAAAAAUUGCAGCUAAAUCGAAGCCGUUCACUGAUGGUGAAUUUAUAAAAGAGUGUAUGGAGGCCGCCUCUGAAAUUUUAUGUCCAUCAAAAAAACAACUUUUUUCCAAAUUGAGUUUAUCAGGGCUAACUGUAGCAAGGCGUAUAGAAGAACUAGGAACUGAUAUUGAGAGUACCCUAAAAGAACGUAUUUCUAAAUUUAUUUUUUAUUUGCUGGCCCUUGACGAAAGUACAGAUUUGUCAGAUACUGCGCAAUUAGCAAUUUUUAUUCUGGGUAUCGAUUCUAAUUUUAAUAUUACUGAAGAAUUAGCCGCGCUUUUUCCAAUUAAAGACACUACAAAAAGUUGUGAUAUUUUUAAUGCAUUAAAUUCGACACUUAACCGUUUUGACAUCAAAUUAAAUAACUUUUCUGGAGUUAUAACAGAUGGAGCCCCAUCAAUGGUUAGAAAAAAUGAAGGGAUAGUAGCGCUCAUUAAGAAAGAAAUGAGUACAUGUGGUGCUUUAAAACUGAUGCAAUAUCACUGCAUUAUCCACCAAGAAAAUAAUUUUGUGCAAAAUCUAUCAAGAGCAUUGAAUCAUAGAGAAUUUAAAAACUUUUUGAGUGAAAUAGAAGCUGAACAAGGUGAUGUAAUCUAUUUUACAGAUGUCCGUUGGCUCAGCAGAGGAAAAGUAUUGAAAAGGGUUUUUGAUUUAAAAAAUGAAAUUUUUGAAUUUGCUGCAAGUAAAGGAAAACAAUUUGAACAACUUAAUGAUUACAUUGCACUUGAAUGA